UGCUGUUCGAGUGAAAAGUGGCCGCUGUGGCACAUAACACACAAGUGCCUGAUUUAAUAAUUAGGCUUUUCUUUUUCUUUUGGCCCACACCGCGAUCAGUUGGUAGUUCGCUAGUUCGUUUCUUCCGCCACAACUGGUGUGCGAGAAAACAGACACGCUAUCUGUUUUCUUGCGCACAGAGAGAACGGAUACGCUAUCCGUUUGUUGCAUGUGAACUAGAGAAUUUUUCCUUGAACGUUCCAGUUUAAAGUUUUUUCGUCGUUUGCGAUUGUGGUGGAUCAUGGCGCCCAAUGUGGAGCUUGAAAAUGUGAUACAGAGUAGUGAUGGUGAUGGUGUGGCUGUUACAGAUGAUACCAUGAUGCGGAGUAAUGCCCUACUCAACAGAUGGUCGAGCAAACAGCACAAAUCCGGAAAUAUGCCGGGAAGUCCGUGGAUUCAUCCGCCAGGAGCAUUGCAAGGCGCACAUGUCGCUUAUUUGGUCAAGUUCCUGGGGUGCACUGAAGUGGAAUCCGCCAAGGGACUGGAAGUAGUAAAAGCCGGAAUUCAGAAAAUGAGAUUUAGUUCACACUUGAAACGGUCAGAAGGAUCCAAGAUACCCAAAAUGGAGCUGACCAUUUCCAUCGACGGCGUCGCCAUACAGGAGCCCAAAACAAAGAGAAUAUUAUAUCAGUACCCUCUGUAUCGGAUAUCAUAUUGCGCUGAUGAUAAAGCGGAAAAGCGAUUCUUUUGCUUCAUCGCCAAGGAGGAGAACCCAUCCACGGAGCAAACUCAGCACCGAUGUUUUGUUUUCGUUAGUGACAGACUGGCGGAAAAUAUCACAUUGACCAUUGGACAAGCCUUUGACUUGGCUUACCGACGCUUCCUAGAGACAUCCGGUCGUGAAAUGGAAAUGCGCAAACAAAUAUUAAUUUUACAAAAACGCGCCAGACUACUUGAACGUGAAAAUGCGGACCUCAAGCAGCGCAUCGCUCAACUGGAACCUUCCGGUCUACAUACAAUUAUGGUAGACGGUGUGGACGUUAUCAAGCUCUCCGACGCAUCCGAGUCGACAGUAACUACAGUGCCAUUAGUGCAUUCAACAAGUGUGAAUGGUUAUAUGAACGGCACCGGCGGUUCUCUUCUGGCUAAUGGCGUAAACUCAACGAACGAUCCGCAAUGUAAUCGCGGCGGAUUCGGACAGAAUACCAGCUAUGCGAGUGCCCCGACGUUGGCCGUCAGACAACAGCAUCGCGUAGAAAUAGCGCCUCCUCCUCCCCUACCGCCGCGGCCCCUGAACGGCACUGAAGCCACGAACGGUCAUAGUGAUGGGAAGAGUGAUUUGAUAACACUGGAUCCCUUUGCGGUGACCAUUUCACCGGAAGAAGAUCCGUUUGGCGACUUCCAAAAGCUGUUUGCCACCAACAGCGCGUCCAGUGGCGGUUCCGAUAAACUGUACGACGAAGCCAUUGGACGUAUGGAUAAACGCAUGUCAGAAAUGAAGGAAGGGUUCAGUCGCGGGUUGACACUGGGACGGGAUGAUUUCAGUUUGGACGCUUUUGAUCCGCUAAGCAAAAACCGAUCGACUAGUCACGCCUGAUGCACUGACAGCAUGGGACCAAGCAGCUUUUUGGCUUUCUGAAAAAUAGAGUAUGACUUGUGGUGUUCCCUUGGCGGUUCAUUAUGGUUUUCAUAUUUUUAGCUGUGGAUUAUAUUCUUGUAUUAUUUUAAUUUUUUAUCAAUGCAUAACAGAUCUGAGUUCUUUUGAAUCUGUGGCUUUUGGCAGCUGGGUGGUGUGUUGUGCUUUUUGCAUUUCCCUUUACAUGCUUUAGCAUAAACUCACCUAUUUAUCGGGGCGAAUUACGUUUAUUUUGAAAAUAAACACGGGCUCUUCGUACGCGGCAAUAUUAAUAAAAAAUUAUUGCACUGGA